GUCAGGCAAGCGAGGGGUAGAUACCCAAGAGUCUCUCCACCAGAAAAGGGCCAAUCACAGGCAUAGGAAUAUCGCUGACUCCGGCAAAACCCCGUGCCUCGGCUUUGGCAACUCACGACUAAUCGCAUAAUCUGGGGGUUAUCUCACGAUUCAUUCCCCAAGCCUCUGUAGAUCUCACCGCUCGACUCAAGUUCAUUCCUGCUACAGUAUUACGACAGUCGCUUCAUACCUAGUCUGCGAGUCCAAGAGUAAGCCGUCUCGUCCAAACAAAUCUCAAGCUUUUGCGAAUCCUAAACCACGUCGCGACCAUGUCAAAGGAAUUCACCACCAUCGAGGUCUCAGAACACAAAGAUGCCGACAAGGGAAUGUACAUCAUAAUAGAUUCUAACGUUUACAACGUUACUGGUAAGUGCUCCUGUCUACCUGUCUCCCGUUGUGAGAAACUCAAUUGAGACGAGAAACACGCUAACUCUCCUUCUCCAGAGUUCGCAGAAGAACACCCCGGCGGAGCCAAGAUCCUCAAGCGUGUAGCCGGUAAAGACGCUAGCAAACAAUUCUGGAAAUACCAUAACGAAGGAGUUUUGAAGAAGUACAGUCCCAAGCUGCAGAUUGGCACGGUGAAAGAGGCGGCCAAGUUAUAGACGUGUUGAGGGGCGAGAUGUUGGUCGGUCGUUGGAGAUGGGGACAGUUCGACGACAAUGCUACUAUUAGAUACGAAAUGAUUUGGGUGGAUAAUGAGAUGUGGCAUAUACCAUGGAGA